UCAUUGUUGGGAGAACAAAAUCUAAGCCUAGACUGCACACGCACCCAAAGGAAGUAUCCGGAGAGAGACCUCGCUUUUCCUGCAAGCAGCAGCAGCUUCUGCGGACCUGCCAGAGCCCCGGCUGGGACCAGCCUCUGCCAGCAAUGAACGCCUCGUGCUGCCUGCCCCCCGCGCAGCCCACGCUGCCCAACAGCUCGGGGCACCCCGGAGCGCCUCCCCUCAGCAACCAGAGCAGCAGCGCGUUCUGCGAGCAGGUCUUCAUCCAGCCCGAGGUCUUCCUGGCGCUGGGCAUCAUCAGCCUGCUGGAAAACGUCCUGGUCAUCCUGGCCGUGGUCAGGAACGGCAACCUGCACUCGCCCAUGUACUUCUUCCUCUGCAGCCUGGCGGUGGCCGACAUGCUGGUGAGUGUGUCCAACGCCCUGGAGACCAUCAUGAUCGCCGUGGUCCACAGCGACUACCUGAGCCUGGAGGACCAGUUCAUCCAGCACAUGGACAACGUCUUCGACUCCAUGAUCUGCAUCUCCCUGGUGGCCUCCAUCUGCAACCUCUUGGCCAUCGCCGUGGACAGGUACAUCACCAUCUCCUACGCGCUGCGCUACCACAGCAUCAUGACGGUGAGGAAGGCCCUCGCCCUCAUCGCGGCCAUCUGGGUCUGCUGCGGCGUCUGCGGCGUGGUGUUCAUCGUCUACUCCGAGAGCAAGACGGUCAUCGUGUGCCUCAUCACCAUGUUCUUCGCCAUGCUGCUGCUCAUGGGCACACUCCACGUGCACAUGUUCCUCUUCGCGCGGCUGCACGUCCAGCGCAUCGCCGCGCUGCCACCGGCCGAGGGCGUGGCCCCGCAGCAGCACUCGUGCGUGAAGGGGGCCGUCACCAUCACCAUCCUGCUGGGCGUGUUCGUUUGCUGCUGGGCCCCCUUCUUCCUGCACCUGGUCCUCAUCAUCGCCUGCCCCACCAACCCCCACUGCAUCUGCUACACCGCGCACUUCAACGCCUACCUGGUCCUCAUCAUGUGCAACUCGGUCAUCGACCCCCUCAUCUACGCCUUCCGGAGCCCGGAGCUGCGCAGCACCUUCAAGGAGAUUCUCUGCGGCUGCAGCGGCAUGAACCUGGGGUAGGUAGGGCACCAGGGCCCGCGCAGGGCCUGACCCGUCCGGUUGCUUUUGACCUUCCAUCCAGCCAAGAUGUUUAAAAAGAAAAAGAAAAAAAGAAAAAAAAAAGACACUUGGAAGACAUAACAACGUGUUAACAUAACAGCCUCCCUGAAAGGAUCCCAAGGUGAGUAAGUCUCAAACUCCCAUUUCCCAAACAGUCACCGGGGGAAACCAGUGGCGGCUGCCCUGGGUGCUGCCUGCGCUCUUUCCCACACCCCCAGGGGCGGCCCACCUGCCUGCUCACUGCCUCCUGUCCCCGGCAGAAGGAUUCUCUCCAACAGGAAGGCUGGUUCCGAUCUCUCCCAAGCAAAC